AUGAGUCAUGAGUUGCAGCCACAGAAGGAAAUAGAGAUGACUGUAAAUACAGCUUGCACAACUGAGAUCCAAAUAGCAUUUAUUCUCUCUUCUUUUGUGACCUUCUUCUGCGGACUCUUCAUCUUAUACUUCUCCAGGCUAAUCUACAUGGCCCUUAAAAAGUAUAAAGACAACCUGGGAAGAAAAUCUCUACCGAGAAUAUUCAUAAAAGCAAGCAGCCAAAAUAAAAAGCCAAAAGGUUUCCACUACAAGGGAAUGUUUCGUGAUCGUAUCCAAAUGUUGCUGUCAGCACAGACUUUUGUGGGGCAAGUGUUGGUUAUCCUUGUGUUUGUAUUAAGCAUCGGGUCACUUAUAAUCUAUUUCAUCAACUCUUCAGACCCUGUUGGAAGCUGUUCUUCAUAUGAAGAUGAAACCAUUCCUAUUGAUUUGCUGUUCAACGCUUUCUUUAGCUUCUAUUUUGGUUUGAGAUUUGUGGCAGCUGAUGACAAAGUCAAGUUCUGGUUGGAGAUGAAUUCAAUAGUAGACAUCUUUACCAUCCCACCAACCUUUAUUUCUUAUUAUUUGAAGAGUAAUUGGCUAGGUUUAAGGUUCCUCAGAGCACUGAGGCUCCUAGAACUCCCUAAAAUCUUGCAAAUUCUACAAGCCAUAAAAACCAGUAAUUCAGUGAAGUUUUCUAAACUGCUAUCAAUAAUCCUCAGUUUGUGUUUUACUGCUGCGGGAUUCAUUCACCUGGUGGAAAACUCUGGUGAUCCUUGGCUCAAAGGCAGAAAUUCACAGAAUUUAUCAUACUUUGACUCAAUUUAUCUGAUUGUGGCAACAACUUCAACUGUUGGCUUUGGAGAUGUGGUAGCCAAGACAUUCCUGGGACGUGCCUUCCUCAUCUUCCUAACCUUUGCAAGUUUGAUACUAUUUGCAAAAUAUGUACCUGAAGUGGUAGAACUCUUUGCUAACAAGAGGAAAUACACUAAUUCCUAUGAAGUGGUGAAAGGGAAGAAGUUCAUUGUGGUUUGUGGAAACAUCACUGUGGACAGUGUGAGUGCUUUUCUGAGUAAUUUUCUCCGCUACAAGUCAGGAGAAAUCAGCACUGAUAUAGUUUUUCUUGGAGAGAACCCCCCUUCAUUGGAAUUGGAAACAAUAUUUAAGUGCCAUACAGCCUACACAACUUUCGUUAAUGGAUCUGCACUAAAGUGGGAUGAUCUUAAGCGAGUUGCGGUGGAACAUGCAGAAGCAUUCCUGAUUAUAGCCAACCCUUUGUGCAGUGACGCUUAUGCUGAAGACACUUCAAACAUUAUGAGGGUGCUCUCUAUCAAGAAUUAUUACCCGAAGUCCAGAGUCAUCAUACAAAUACUUCAAUCCUAUAACAAGGUUUACCUGUCAAAGAUUCCCAGCUGGAACUGGAAAGCUGGAGACAACAUUAUCUGUUUUACUGACUUGAAGCUUGGAUUUAUUGCCCAAGGUUGUCUGGUGCCAGGCUUAUGCACCUUUCUAACUUCUCUAUUUAUUGAGCUCAACAUAAAGGUGAAUCCUAAACAUACCUGGCAAAAACAAUUCUUAAAUGGCUUGAGGAACAAAAUUCUGACUCAGCGACUCUCUGAUGACUUUGCAGGAAUGACUUUCGCUCAAGUUUCACGAAUCUGCUUUGUGAAGAUGAAUCUCAUGCUGAUUGCUAUCGAAAGCAAAAGUGCUGUUAGCAGUGAUCUGGUGCUAAAUCCACCUGCACAUGUCAGACUGUGUAAGAACACAAUAGGGUUCUUUAUUGCUGAAUCUGCAAAAGAAGUCAAAAGAGCUUUAUUUUACUGUUCCAACUGUCACAGCGAUGUGACUAAUCCUGAGCUAAUUGAAAGAUGUGGCUGCAAAUCCAAGAGUCUACAUGGUUGCAUCAAAGGUUGCUGUGCUGUUGCAGGGCCAUCAGUAGCAGCAGUGAGAAACCACAUAAAGGAAUCCUCCUCUGGCACAACACAAGAGCACUGGCCAAAGAGACAGUCAAACUUGAUUGGUGGCUCCAGUGUGGGUGGCAGGAACUUUUCAGAUGACCGUGUCCAAACUAAUGAGCAACUUGAUAGCAGUGGCAUGUUUCACUGGUGCAAAGCAAUGCCUUUGGACAAGGUGAUUCUGAAACGAUCUGAGAAGAGGAAACGUCAGUUUCGAAACCACGUUGUAGCAUGUGUUUUUGGAGAUGCCCAAUCAAACCUGAUGGGACUGCGGAAUUUUGUAAUGCCCUUGAGAGCUAGUAACUAUACCCUGAAGGAGCUAAAAGACAUUGUGUUCAUCGGGUCUCUGGAUUAUCUACAGAGAGAAUGGCGAUUUCUCCGGAAUUUUCCCCAGUUAUACAUUUUGCCUGGAUCUGCGCUUUUCUCUGGAGACCUCCGAGAAGCCAACAUAGAGGAAUGUUCGAUGUGUGUGGUCUUGUGCCCCCCAUACCAACCAUCAAGCAGGCAGAUUCUGGUGGACACCGAGACAGUUAUAACCACCCUCAACGUCGGAGCCCUCCGGAUUAGCUGCUAUGCCCAAACACCAUCAGUGCCACAAUUUGGGCUUAACUUUACUGGACUUAAUAAUACCUCAAAAUACCGAAGAAUCCCUAUCCUAACUGAACUGAAAAAUCCUUCUAACAUCCGUUUCAUUGAACCACUUGGUGAGAUGAAAGGAGUCCUCCCAGGACCAAACCUGCAUCUCAGCACUUCCUUUUCCACAGGUGCUGUCUUUUCAGGCAGCUUCUUAGAUUCCCUCUUGGCCACGGCUUUCUACAACUAUCAUGUCCUAGAAUUACUUCAGAUGCUGGUGACAGGAGGAGUAAGUUCUCAGCUUGCACAAAAUUUGGAUAAAGAUAAGCAUUUUGGGCUGACCGAAGGUUCAAAUGCCUUAUUUUCUGCAAGAGCACGGUGUAAGCUAGGCCUUCUCUCCUUGAACAAAACCGUUUUAUCAGACAUUGAACCAAAAGACAACUUUGGUCAAGUGUUCUGUGGAUCAUUAGAUAAAUUUGGGAUUCUGUGCCUUGGGUUAUACCGCAUGAUAGAUGAAGAGGAGCGUAACCCAGAACACAAGAGGUUUGUGAUUACCAGGCCACCCACAGAUUUGAAACUGCUACGUUCGGACCUUGUAUAUUGUGCCAUCCCUUUCGGUGCUUCUUAUCUUAAAAAAGAUGAUAAGGAGAUAUAUGAAAGUACAAAUCUCGUGUCACUGAUACAAGAUACUAUUCCAGGCUUAAAUUAUCCUUCCGCAAUUAAGGUAGCUCACUGUGAUGAACUGCAGUAUUGGCACCCAUCAGUCUUGUCAAUGGAUCAAGAAAGCCGAUCAUCCAGCAGGUAUUUGACAAUGGCAGCAUCUACAAUCCUGAAGCGUUUGACAUCACAGAGGAGAUUCUGCAUACUCGCUUCUUGGAGGGUGUCUGCAAGGUUGCCAGGUCUGUCUGCAGAUUGGUUACCCAACUGUGGCGUCAAUACCACAUUCCAUCAUCAAUGGGUACAAGCGGGUCCUGAUUUCUCUGUGGAGACUGACUACACUUUCCCACUGACUGAAAAGGUCAACGCCUUCCUGGCUGAUCCAUCUGCAUUUGUGACUGCUGCCCCUGUGGCCGCUGCAGCUACCGCUACUAUUCCUGCUGCUGCUGCAGCCCCAGCCAAGGUGGAAGCAAAGGAAGAGUCAGAGGAGUCAAACAAAGAUAUGGAAUUUGGUCUCUUUGACUAA